AUGGAUAAGGAGAAGAGGUCUCUUUCUUUUGAGCAAGCAAAUGAGGCGCAUGAUUUCAUUAAAAAGCAAUUACCCGCGCCUUUGCAGGCUCCUCGUGUAGCUAUUAUCUGUGGCUCUGGGUUAGGCGGUCUUGAACGCACAAUCCACAACGAGCUCCGAGUAGAGAUUGAUUAUUCCUCCAUUCCUCAUUUCCCUCAUCUAACUGUACCUGGACAUGCGGGAAAGCUUGUGUUUGGGCUUCUCGAUGGGGUUGUUCCUGCGGUCCUCAUGGUUGGCCGUGCUCACUAUUACGAGGGCCAUUCCAUUCAUCAAGUGACGUUUCCUAUCCGCGUUUUUAAGUUGCUAGGAAUUGAUACUCUUGUCUUAACUAACGCUGCUGGGGGCCUUAAUCCUGAUUAUAAAGUGGGUGAUAUUGUUCUGUUGAAUGACCAUAUUUUCCUUGCUGGUUUGGCGGGAAUCCAUCCGUUGCGCGGACCCAAUUGUGAAGAAUUCGGACCUCGCUUUCCAUCUUUGUCAGAUGCUUAUGAUCUAGAAUUGCGUCGGCAUGUACACGAAGCUUGGAAGGCAGUCAUGGGCAACGAGAGUAAAAGGGGGCUGCACGAAGGGGUAUAUGUCUUCGUUGGGGGUCCAAGCUACGAAACUAGAGCGGAAUGCCGCAUGCUCCACAUGCUCGGGGCAGAUGUGGUAGGCAUGUCAACCGUACCAGAAAUUGUUGUUGCAAGGCAUUGCGGUAUUCGAAUCAUGGCAUUUAGCCUGGUAACAAACCAGGCAGUUCUGUCACCUGUUCCUCGCGGAGAUGAUAGUCUAAUCCAAGGAAGAGACGUCAAAGAGCUGGAUGCUAUCUUGCAGGAAGGAAAAGCAAAUCACGAAGAGGUGCUCGAGGCUGGACAAUCCGCGGCUUCCGAUAUGCAGAGGCUUGUUGUCCAUGUUGUCUCUACUAUCUUCAGAGACAACUAG